UAAAUAUACAACUAUAACUACACCUAGAGCAGAACUCUAACGUUUAUCAGAUAAGGCAUCUUUAAUUUUCAUAUCAAAUGGCAGAAACAACCAUAAAUCCUGGGAUUAAGAGGAUUGCAGUUGUAACCGGAGCCAAUAAAGGGAUCGGAUUUGAGAUAUGCAGACAGUUAGCUUCAAAUGGGAUCAGGGUGGUUUUAACUGCUAGAGAUGUGAGGAGGGGCAAUGAAGCAAUUGAAAAACUCAAGGCUGCAGGGUGCUCUGAUGUGGUUUUUCAUCAACUAGAUGUGAUGGACCCAACUACCAUUUCUUCUUUGGCAGAUUUCAUCAAAACCCACUUUGGGAAGCUUGACAUAUUGGUAAAUAAUGCGGGGAUUAAUGGAUACAUAAGCAACCCAGAGGAAUUUAGAAAAGUUAGCAUUGAUCAACUUUUAGGUCCAACUGCCAUACCUCUAAAGGAAGUCAUAAAGCAAACUUAUCAAACAAGUGAGGAUUGUUUGAGAACAAACUACUAUGGAACCAAGCAAGUGAGCGAAGCACUUAUUCCGCUUCUUCUAUUAUCCAAUUCAGGAAGAAUAGUAAAUGUCUCUUCCACCAUGGGACAAUUGAAGCUUAUUUCAAAUGAGAACGCAAAGAAAGAGCUAGGAGAUAUUGAUGGCCUCACAGAAGAGAAAGUGGACAAGGUGGUGGAAGGAUUUCUAGAAGAUGUCAAGGAGAAUUUGAUUGAAACCAAAGGUUGGCCUGUUAAUAUUUCUGCUUACAUAGUCUCUAAGGCAGCUCUUAAUGCAUAUACAAGGGUUCUAGCAAGGAAGUACCCCAAAAUAGCAAUCAACUCCGUGUGUCCAGGGUAUACCAGCACAGACUUAACCCACCACAGUGGAGUUUUAACUGUUGAAGAGGGUGCAAAAAGUCCUGUGAUGUUGGCUUUGAUGCCUGAAGGUGGGUCUUCUGGCCUCUUCUUUGAUCGAAUGGAAGUAUCGACCUUUUGAAUAAGAAAUGAUGCUACCCAAUGAGUACAUAAGCAUAGCUAGGGAAGAAACAUGGAGAAUAAAAAAAUGUGUUAUGGAAGCUUCUUUAAAUCUUAUAGUUGGUUUAUUUCGAUCUUGCUUUGAUCAAUAAAAGCUUUAGAGAGUUUUUUUUUUAUUCUACUUUAUAUUAUGUGAAAGCUCUUUCAACACUAGUUGUUAGAGCAACAUUAUACUCGUUGAAAUUAAGAGAUUUUUGACUCA